UCCGUAACCGGUGACAGAUCUGAUCACUUUACUGUUUAACAAGUUUCUCCCCUCCCUUCGCUUUCUUUUUUUUUCCUCCUCAUCUAUCCAUCCGAUGCGCCUAGAUUGAGCGCGAUCACCCAUCUUUUGCCAGAUGCCGCCGAGGACGUUUGCGCUCGACCUCCUCAGUCGGCGCAGCAGCUAUGUCUGCAAGUCGUGCCUCGACAGUUUGCGGACGGCAAGUGCGCGGCCCUGGCUCGCCCGGUCAUCCUCGACCGCCGCCCGGGGAUCGCAGCCUUCUCCCGGCAAUUCCAAGAGAACGGGUGAUGCACCGAACCACGCGGAGUUCCAGAGAAUCCUGACCGAAGAGUUCGAACGCGGGCCCGAACCAACCUCAUCCUCCGGCGACCUCGAUGUCAACUAUUUCAACCAGGAGGCCCCCGGAAAGCUCCGCCGCUUGCGUGACAAAGAAGAGUUUGGCGAAGUGAGCGGCGGGCUGGAUUCCGAAAUCGAGACAGCCAUCAACGACCUGGAGAAGAAGAUGAUCACCACGGCGAAGAUGCUGCAGCGCAUGGAGAAGCAGGGCGAGCGGGACAAGGCGGACGAGCUGCGCAAGCAGUUCAAGAAGACUCUUCGGAUGCAGUAUAAGGGCAAGACCGGGCCGGAAGCAGAGGACUACGGGCUGCUGCGCAUCUCGGGUUUCAGCGGGCCGCGCCAACGGCCCGUGGCCAAUCUGAAUGCCUUCUUGGCACGCGACAGCGUCGUCAAGGGCGGUAUCCCGAGGUCCCGGGACGUGGCAGAAUGCUGGAAGUACUAUUCGGCGGCGAGGAAAACGCUGGCCCAGGCUUGGCACAACGUGCCGCAGGAGGUGUGGAACUUCUUGUGGAUGAUCCUCUCUUGGGAAGGCGACGGCGUCGAGAACCCCAACCGAAUGCAGCACAUCUACAUCCUGGCUAAGGACAUGCAAGCUGCCGGCGUGCCGCUACGAGACUCACAGCAGCUCCUCGCGAUCGAGGCCAUGUUCAUCGAGGGCUGGGAGGAGGAGGCCAUCGAAGCCUGGAAGAAGGCCGUCGUCACCCUUGGAUCGAAGCCCGAGACAUUCACCGACUACUGGGAGCUUGGUGUCCGCAUGUGCUGCCUGCAUGGAGACACGGAUCGGGCGCAGAGAGCCGCCGAGACGCUUCUCAGAUCCUCGCAGCCGCCCAACGCGCGCAUCCUCCUGCCCAUCAUCAGGGCGUUGGCGGCGAAACGGGAAACGGUCGACCAGGCGUGGGAGUCGUACACCCACAUGCGCACUCUCCUCGGAGAGACGAUCACGAUCGAGGAUUACGACGAGGUGACUGCCGUGUUCCUCGCAUCUGAUUGUGUCGAGUACGCUCUGCAAGCAUUUGUCGACAUGAUGUUCUCUCGCGCCAUUGACGUUCGGGGAAGAACCAGGCUGCCCCUCUCGGUGGGCAACCACUUCUUCAUCGGCAAGUGGCUAAAGCGGCUCAUCGGAAUGGGCGACCUCGAAGGCGCCUACAAGGUGGUGGUCUUUGUUCAAGACAAGGGGAUAACGCCGUCGCCCAUCCAACUCAAUGGUCUCAUCGGGGCCUGGUUGAGGUCAGGCUCCGCCGAAAACCUUGAAAAGGCCGAGACGCUAGCCUGGGGCAUGAUUCGCGCCCGCCUGGACCACGUCCAAUCGCGGCAGCGGCAGGACCCUGUCCGAUUCUACAAGUCUGGCUCCAUGCCGGCGACUGCGAAGACCGAGGGCGAGCCGGAGUUUGUCUGCCGGACGAGGGCCACUGCCGAGACGUUCUCCCUCCUCGCGGAGAACUACUGCUCUCGCAGGCUUCACGACCGCCUGCGGGAGCUCUUCGAGGUUCUGAACCAAGCCGAGAUCGGCCCGACAAGCUUCCUCAUGAACCAGCUCAUCCGCUCACACUCCCAAAACGGCGAGGCCGACGAGGCCGUCCGACUCUACGAAACCAUGACCAAGGAGCAGAACAUCCGCCCCGACGGGCACACGUUCUUGACCCUCUUCAACAGCCUCUCGGUUAACCGGCUCGUCCAGAGGGACCCAGACCUGACGAAGAAGGAUAUCGCCUCGGCUCGACGGUUCUUCCGAGACAUGGUCGCCGCGGAAUGGAAGUUCGACUCGCCCGAGAUCUUUGCCCAACUGCCCCGCACCAUCUUGUUCAGCAUGCUCAAGGCGAAAGACUAUCGGGGCAUGAUCAUCGCGGCGCGGGCCAUGAAGGAGCUGUUCGCCUUCCACCCGCCCGAGGCGCUGCUCAUCGAAAUGGCGUCGGGCGCAGGUUCGCUGCAGGUCAGGUCCAAACGGAACAUGGAGCGGCUGGUGGGCGGCCGGCGGACGAUCGAGGCCCUGAUGAGGAAACACCGGAUGGAGUUGAUCAAGGCCGGGCAUCCGGGCGUGCAGAUGACCGAGGAGGAGAAGCUGAACGAGCUGCACGACGUGUUGGAGAAGCUCAUCCUGCUCAAGGCAGGGGCACACAACUCGAGCCAAGAAGAGGUGGAGCCGCUGCUGGAGGAGGCUGCGCGGGAGAUGGGCGUCUAUGAUAUCGUCGUAGCCAAGGAUGCGGACCAGAUCGCGAGGCGCAGAAAGCUGGGCAAGCAGACAGCAGGGCCCGUGUAGAUCCAAAUGUAUGUAAAUACAUGCAUGCGUACGUGUACAAUAAACGUAACAUGACCUCUCCCAUCAUGCGUGAAACCGUCUCG